GUGAAAGAAAGUGCUCUUGACAGCCAUGGGCUGGGCCUGUGGCUGUGCAGAUCUCCAAAUGAAGGAGCCAACAAAGGAUUAAAUGAGAAAGCAGAUGGGGUGCCUUGUGAAGAACAACACAAACGGGCUCCACCACUGCCUUUGCAGAAGAUGAACUUCCUGCCUUCACCAGCCUUCUGAAGCCAGGUCCUGUUGAUGGCUCCUGCCUCCCCAUCACACCAUGACCUGAGUUCAUCCAGUCUGGGUGUAAGUGGGACUGAUGGCGCUCUGGUGUGGGUCCAGAUGGACCCCAAAUUUCCAUGUGUUGAACGCUUGGUCCCCAGGUUGGUGCUUUUGGGAGGUGAUGGAAAACAUUAUAAGGUAGAGUCUUCUGGUCAUUAGAGGCAUCCCCUGAAGAGGAUAUGGGGAACCCCUUCUCUUCGUCUUUUUUUUCCCUUCAUCUCAGUCAUGAGGAAAAUAAUCUUGCUUUACCAUAUGCUCUUGCUGUGAUGUACCACCAUAGGCCCCAAACAACCAAGCCAAUUGAUCAAAAACUAUACCUUUCAUCUUUAGUUAUGAGCUAAAAUAUUCCUUUCUUUUCAUAAGUUGCUUUAUCUCAGGUAUUUGUUAUAGUGACAGAAAUAUAGCCAUAAGGAAACAACUGGUUUCAGAAGGAAAAUAAUACACAACAGAAAAGGAGGAAGCUUUCUCAGUUAGAGGGUGGUGGCAGGUACCUGCUACCUUUAUUGUGUUCUUCGGAUAUUUCAUUUAAUUAAAAUACAUCUACUCCUCUAAGCCUAGACUUUUUAAAUGUACAAUUGGUCAUCCCUACUUGUGCAUCCAUGAUUCAACCAAUCAUAGUUCCAAAAUAUUCAGAAAAAAAUUGCAUCUGUGUUAAAUAGAUAUGUUCCCUAAACAAUCCAGCAUAGCAACUAUUUACAUAGCCUUCACAUUACAUUUGGUAUUGUAAAUAAUCUAGAGGUGAUUUAAAGUGUAUGAGAGGAUGAGUAUGGUUUAUAGGCAAACAUCAUGUCCUUUGUAUGGAUUUGAGCAUUGUUUUAGUCAUCUUUUUCAUCAUUAUGACCUGACAUGAAUGACUUAGAGGAAGAAAAGUUUAUUUUGGUUCUUGGUUUCAGGGGUCUCAGUCCAUAGAUGGCUGACUCCAUAGUUCUGGGCCCGAGGCAAGGCAGACCAUCAUGACAGAGAAAAGCAGCUCAGGACAGGACAUCAGGAAGAAGAGAGCUCUGCUCACCAGGGACAAAAUAUAUAUCCCAAAGGCACAUCACCAGUGAUCUAUCUCCUCUAGCCACCCCUUCUGGCUUACCACCCAGUUAAUCCACUUAGAUGGAUUCAUCUACUGAUUAGGUCACAACUCUCAUAAUCUGAUCAUUUCACCUCUGAAGGUUCUUGCAUUGUCUCAUACAUGAGCUUGGGGGACACCACAUAUCUAAACCAUAAUAAGCAUAUUCUGAUUUGGGUAACUAUAGGGGGUCCUAGAACAGCUCCCUGUAGACACAUGGAGACAACUGUAGUUUCACUCACAAUACCAGACUUCCAUGGCUACCAAAGUGCUCCUUCAAGAAGGGACCUGUUCAUUGGGCAUGAUAAGGAUCUGAACUCUAACCUCGCUGGCUGAAGUCUAAUUCUUCCUGUUCUACCUCUUACUAUCUGUGUGUUACCCUCCACAGUGACUCAACUUUAUCUUCCAUUUCUUAAUCUGUAAGAUGAGGUUGAUGACCACAAGGGUUGCUAGGAUCUUCCAAGAAAUUAUGAGUUUGAAGAGUGUUCAAACUUGUAAGUACUCUAUAUAAAUGUUCCUUAUUGUGAUAUAUAGUACGAGACACUGGUAAAAAUAAACACAGAAGACAGAGACGUGGCCUUGAUCAGAGGAAAUCUCAGGCAAGCAGGUGAGCAAGCAUUGUUUUUGAGAUGUGAACAGGGUGCUUUUGCAGCAUGGGGGGGGGGGGAAAAGAAAAUCUUGACCACCAGCAGAGUGACCUCAGUCUGGUUUUAAGGACUUUGCCAGGCAGGGAGGAGGGGCAGAGCAUUCUGAUAUCUGGUGUGCCAGUAUCCAGAAACAUAAGAGAGCACAGCAAAACUCAGGAAGGUCAAGGAAUCACUGUGCCCAGUAAGGCUGCAUGGAAGGAGGGUCAGGAAGACUAGGGUCAGACAAGGUCCUGUGUGUUGGGCCAUUUGGCCAUUUGUGUUUUGUGAAAUUGGUUUUAUCUUUCGCAAAGUCACUGCAGAAAGACAGUAAGUGACUAUAUGAAAUGGAAGUUCUGAGAUGCAGAGGAAAGAUCCAGAAGUUCUAACAUUCAUUUAAUAAAUGUUCUAGACGAAGAGAGCAGAUAGAACAAAACAAAACAAAAGCAUGUAUAUAUAGAGAGACAAUAAACCUCAGCAGAAAAGGAAGGAUCUAGUGAGAUAAAGGCAAAGCUAACUACAUCCAGAAAAAUCCAAGCAAAAUUUGAGAGAACCAAGAGCAAAGAACAUAAAAUUACCUGGAAAAAUAUGAGACUGUUACUGAAAUUAGAUUUCUUGUUGGCAGAACUGAAUAAAAGAUGAUAAAAGAGCAACGUUUUCAAAACUUUCUAGGGCAAUGAUUCCAUUCCACAAUAUCCCAUACCCAAACUACCACUCAGAUUAGAAGGCAGAAAAUGAGAAAACAAAAAGAAAACAAACACUAAAAUCCUUAUGAUAAGCAAAUAAUGUCCCGAUAAUCCAUUCUGACAGAGAGAUUAACAGAUGAACUUCAGAAAAUGAAAAAUGAAUUUAGAGAAAUAAGGAUCCUCUAAAUUUAGGAUCAAGGAAUUGGCAGUAAACAAGGAUGCACAUAAAAUUUAUAUUUCAUGGGGCUGGGAUUGUAGCUCAGUGGAAGAGCGCUUGCCUAGCCUGUAUGAGGCCCUGGGUUGGAUCCCGAGAACCACAUAAAACUAAAAUAAACAAAAUAAAGGUAUGAAAAAUUUAUAUUUCAGAAAGUGAUGAUUGAUUUUUAAAGAAGUGACACUAAUAUCAUACAUUAAAAUCCCACCUGAUCUCAACAUGGGCAGUUGUAUGGAAGAAAAGGAGGAGAAAUGAAAGCAUUCUGUUGGGGACCUCAUGCAGACCUUUUUGUGACAAAAUGUGGAGGUAUGAUUAAUUCUACAUCUUGAUAGAAAAAUUUAGUAUUUAAUUUGCUUAGUGCAAACUCAUGAGAGGACUCAGAAUUUUUUUAAAAUAGCAUGAAAAACUUUUAAAUAAUUGUAGUCCAAAGAAGGGGAAGGAGGAGGAAAUGAAGAAGGAGUAGGAAGAGAGGGAAGAAGAGGAGGAACAAAUAAGAGAACAUCAUAAAUAAAUAGCAAAUCUGGGUAGCAAAAACAAGUGUUAAUACAGAACAUUAAAUGUGAAUUGAUUAAAUAAAUGAAAUUUACCUUUUAAAAAACCAUUUAUUUUGAUUUAAAAAUUCAAUCAGAUGCUGUUUAUAAAGGACACAACUAAAAUAAAAAUUGCAGUGUGAUUGAAAAUAGAUUAAAAAUUUAAAAUCUGACAGAACUUUCCCAUGUACAUAUAUGAAUAUGUACCAAUAAAACUUCAUAUCAUGUACAACCACAGGAACGGGAACCUCAUUAUAAUAAGUUAUACUUCAUGUAUACAUAAUAUGUCAAAAUAUACUCUACUGUCAUAUAUAUCUAAAAAUAAUAAAUAAAAACUUAUGCUUGGGCUGGGAUUGUGGCUCAGUGGUAGAGCGCUCGCCUAGCACGUGUGAGGCCCUGAGUUUGAUCCUCAACACCACAUAAAAAUAAAUAAAUAAAAUAAAGAUAUUGGUCCAACUAAAAAUAAAUAUUGAAAAAAACAUAUGCUAAUGCUUACAGAAAAAUAAAACAAAUGUAGAAGUUGUAAUAUCAGAAAAACUGAAUUCAAGUGAAAAGCUUGGCAAGGUUCAGAGGAAGAUAUUUGACACUGAUUACCCACCAACAUAAUAGAAGCACAUGAAGCUCUCUGUACCUAAGAGCAUAGCUCAGAAAUAGAAUGAAAUGUGACAUUCACAUGGGGAGAAAUUGUCAGAGGUUUGAAACCAUUUCUCUCAAAGUAUCAACAUACUGGGUGUGGAAUUUCCUUUAAGUAGGCCAAAAAGAAACAAAAAAAAAAUAAUCUCAAUGAAUGGCAAAGAAUUGAAAUUAUGUACUCUACAUUGGCUGACCACAAUGAAAUAAAACAUUUUUUAAAAAUUUAAAAUGUAACUCAUUGGUAGAGCAUUGGUGGACCCACAAGACCCAGUUCAAUCCCCAGCAGCACACACACACACAUUUAAUAAAUUGCUAAUACAGCUGGUCUCAGUGUGCAUGCCUGUAAUCCCAGCAGUUUGGGAGGCUGAGACAGGAGGAUUACCAGUUUAAAGCCAGCCUCAGCAACAGCAAGGCUGUUGCAAUUUUGUGAGACCCUGUCUCUAAAUAAAAUACAAAAUAGGGCUGGGGUUGUGGCUGAGUUCAAAUCCCCCUCCCCCCAAAAAUUGCUAAUACAAAGGCAUUCUUUGUUUGGAAACCUAAAAUAUUUUUAAAAAUAGUUUGUGAAAUUCUAAAUUCUAGAGUAAUGACAGAGUAGUGUUCUAAUUCUAACCUUUCUACCAAUAACAACGGUAAGCUCAAUACAACUGUUUAGAGUCACUAAAGAGUCACGAAAAACUGGCAGAAGCUAGAAGGAAAUUGGUCAUUGAAAGAGGAGAAGUGGUGAGUUCCAUACUGACCCAGCUUUGUUCCUGAGGGCAAAUGCCAGUUUACACUGGGGGAGAGAGUUUAAACAGCAAAUGACAAUCUUACUGGGCUGGGAAGACACACAUUGGGGUUUGAAGCAAUCACAGUUUAAUAAAUAUAAUAAAAUUCUAACAAUUUAGGGGAACUAUCUCAAAAAAGGAAGCAUCUUUAGAAACAAAACCAAAAUCUGCUUUAAACUCGCCCUUCAAUCCUUGACUGAUUCUCUAAUCUGGGCAAGUCUCCCAGAGACUCAUUGAGAAGAAAUAGCUGGAAGGCUAAAAAAAAUGUUGAGCAGUGAAUCCAGCAAUUGUCCUGAAAUUGAGAGACAGCUUGGAGUUCCAAUUCUACCAAAUUAGGGAUUUGGAAUGCCAGUUAAUUUUAUUAAUUUUAUGUCAAUAUGGCUGUGCCACAGUGCCUGGUGUGCAUUAUUUUGGAUGUUUCCAUGAGAGUGUUUGUGGAUGAGAUUUUUAUUUAAAUUAGUGGACUUUGAAAGUAAAGCACAUUGCCCUCCAUAAUGUCACUGGGCUUGGUCUAAUCAGUUGAAGAUCCAGAUAGAACAAGACUGAUCUCCCCUGAUGAAGAAGAAAUUAUGCAGUAGAUGACCUUCAGACCUGAACUGCAAUAUGAACUCUUUCUGGAUCUUUAGCCUGCCACCCACCAUGCAGAGUUAGUACUUCAAGCCUCUGUAAUUGUGUAAGCUGAUUCCUUAAAAUAAAUCUUUUUAUAUAAAUAAGUCCUGUUUGUUCUGUUAUUUUAAAGAACACAAACACUCUUGGCAAGCAUAAGUGUACUUGUAUUGGAACUAAGACUAGGGGUUAUGCCCUAGGACUAGAGAUAAAACUUAUAUAGACCAACACAGUCUAAAACCAGGAUUCUAUGGAAUCCAAGUAAUUGACAAUAAUUUAACUUGCCAGACUAAAGAUUCGUGCCCAGGUCUUAAUUUAUAAAGAUGUAUGAGUGACAACAUAGAGAAAUUAUUACUUUCAUUUCCCAAAAGAAAGGGACACAUCAUGUUACCCAGGCCACAGGGUGGAAGUACCGUGUUUAGUCAAGAGGCAGAAGGAAUGUGUCUUCCGUGAAGGGCAGGGCUGUUUUAGAACUUGCUCAUCAGAAUAACAUUGACUUGGUGUGUAAGUCAGAUAAAAGGAGGUGCUUGGGGCAUGGACUUGGGAUUGCUUAGAAGGCUUGUGAUAUGAUUUUCCUGGCACCUAUGACAGCUGAUUGACAGGGAGAUAUAAACAACUCUAGCUAUUAGUUUGGCCCUGUAACUACUGGAUGCAAAAUGGACAAAUUCUGAAUUUAUGAAAACACAAAACUAAAAAUCAACAUUCUUUGAAGGAAGAUAACUGAGUCCAGAGUUUCUAUAAUGUACUAUCCACAAUGUUCUGUAUUAAAUAGAACAAUAAAAGACACUCAAAUAAACAGGAAAUUGUGACACAUAAUGAGACCUAAUGGAUGCUAGAAUGGACUUACGAUAAUCCAUAUAUUGAAAUUAGCAAUCAAGGACUUUGAAAUAAUUACUAUAACAGAAAUUAUUAUCAGAACAAUAUUAGAAUAAUUCUGUUCUAAUUAUUAUUGGAACAGAAAGGUGAACAGAGAGGAACACUUGGUAGGUGUGUUAGUCAACUCUCAGUUACUGUGACACAAUACCCGAGAAAAUCAACUUAGAGGGAGGAAGAUUUAUUUUGGCUUCUGGGUUCAGAGAUUUUGGUGCGUGGUCAGCUGGUACCAUUGUUUCCAGACCUGUGGAGAAGUACUGCAUCAUGGCAGAAAGGUGGGGUGAAGAAAAGCUGGGAAGCACAGAGAUAAUGUGAGUAAGGGGUCAGGGACAAGAUAUCUCUUCCAGACAUAGUACCAGUGAGCAUAAGGAAUACUUUUAGAGAAACCAAUUUGAAAAUCUAGAUAAAAUAAAUGAUUUUCUCAGAAAAUUUAAAUGACUACACUUAUCUCAAAAAGAAAUAGGGAACUAAACAAAAUAAUUACCAUGGGAGAAAAUUAAAAAUAAAAGCUCUAGUAGUUACUGCUUAAAUCGUCAUCACUGUGUUUCUACCAAUAUACAACCAGUACUCUUUCACACAUACUCACAAAUGCUUUUUGCUUUUUAAACAUUUUGCUACUUUUUUCACUGAUUGAAAUAAUUCCUCAUGUUUCACUUGUUUUUUUAAAUAUGUACCGUUUCUAAUUUUUUGUUAAUAUAAACCACAUGCAAUGAAAAAUCUUGCAUAUAUUCUUUUGGUGCAGAUGUGAAAAUUUCUCUGGGGACAGGUAGAUUUUUUUUUUUCCCCUAAAACCACAGUUUGCAUGGGGCAUGGCCAGUGAGGAAGGACCUGGGUAACAGCAUUCAUGGGGAGUCUGGUCUCCAAAGUUUCUGUAACCCUGACAUUGGGACAGAACGUGUGUUCCUCUCUGGCCUCUUCGAGUUUGCAGCCCAGGUUCGGCUCCACAUGAUGACAAGAGUACAUUCAUUUGUCUUCUCUUUCUGGGGAGCAGAUGUCUUUUAUUCCCACUAGUUAGGUGAACAGAUAAGGAAAUGGCCUCCAAUCAGAAUGGGAACUUCUAGGCACAAUGGAAGCUCUGGGUCUAGAAAGUCUCUGCUCUUCCUGGUGGCUGUGGAUCUAUAACAGCUCGACCUUCCAGAAUGAUCAAAGUCGUAGAGAACCACACGGAGACUUUUAUGCCUGUGAAUUGCAGCGGCUCCUCCCCUGACCACACAGCCCAGGCUCACAGGGCAGGCUCUGUCCCCAGAGAAGAGGGUAGGUAGAAGAGCCAGACGACAGGAAGGGAACCUGCCUUCACAGAAAGAGUCUUUUACAAGUUCCACAGGAGGAACACUUUGUAGAGAGGAAAUAAUGCCUAUGGAGGACUUUUGGAAAGUUUCACCAUGUAAAUUCUUUGAGAUCACUUCCAGGAAAGAUGGAUGCCAGUCAAGAUAUCCAGGAUGUGGGGCUGGGGUUGUGGCUCAGCGGUAGAGUGCUUGCCUUGCACCUGUAAGGCACUAGGUUCUAUCCUCAGCACAUAAAAAUAAAUAAAUAAACAAAAUAAAGGUAUUGUGUCCAUCCACAAUUUAAAAAAAAAAUUAAGGAAAAAAAAGAUAUCCAUGAUGUGAGCUCAGGCAGGUGAAAAUCAUUCCAUAACUUCUACGAUUUUUCAAGGACUUUAAAAAUGGGGGUGGUGGGCUCGCCUCGCACGUGUGAGACCUUGGGUUCGAUUCUCAGCACCACAUAAAAAUAAGUAAGUGAAAUAAAGGUAUUGUGUCCAACUACAACUAAAUAAUUAUUUAAAAAAUGGGGGUGGCGAUAACUCACCCAAGAUAAGAGACAAUCAAAGGGGAAGGAUCCAGGGGACCUGCUCAGAGGACAGUGACAGGAGUUGACUCAGAUGCUUGGCAACUACAGGCUGAUCACAUCCUUAUACAGUACCUGGGACUGAAGGGAACACCUCCAUCACCUCCCCAUUCUGAGCAGGGAGCCCGUGUCUGUUCUCUAAAAGCAAUGAGGAAAAACAGCAAAAAAUCCUACUUGGGUCCAACCAAUUGAGAAAAUCUUAAAUGUUUUGUGACUUUUAAGCAUCAGCUAUUGUCCAUUGAAUCAGUGAACUAUCACAUGAUAAUUUGCAAUUUGUGCUUUGCUUUUGCCUGGCAUGAUUUUAAAUAAGCAUUGUAAAGCUGCUCUAGUUUUUCCGGGAUAGAAAACAGAUUCUUGACUUGCACAGGGUUACAUCUCAAUAAUCCCAUUGUAAAUUAAAAAUAUCGGCAAGUCAAAAUUGCAUUUACUACACCUGACAUACUGAAUGUCACAGGUCAGCAACACUGUGGGAGAGUGUCUCACCUUGUCAUUGUGUGGCUGACUGGGAGCUGUGGCUUGCUUCCAUUGCUCAGCAUUGCAAGAGGACCAUAAUGUAUAUCACGAGCCCAGGAAAAGGUAAACAUUCCAGGGUUGGGGAUGUAGCUUGCCUAGGAUGCUUGAGGCCCUGAGCUGGAUACCCAGCACUAUAAGAAAUUAAAAAAAAAAAAUCAACUUUCAAUGGUUUCUACUGAAUGACUCUUGCUUUUGUACCAGCAUAAAGUCAAAAUAUUGUGAGUCAAACCAUCUUAAGUUGAGGUGUUUGUAAGGCCCAAGCCUGGACCUCACACUAGCUCUUUCAGGAGCUCCCAUGCUUAGAAAGAGUGAUGAAUGGAGGCCAGUGGAGAUCUGUGGAUUGGGGCCCAUGUUCAAAGGAGAAAAGGGCACUGGAAGGCACUGAGAAGGCUCUGGUGGGACCCUGGUGACAAUCUGGCUUGCUUGGAUGGGGAAAACUUGUGCUGUGUAGAUGGACAUGGGCCCUGAGCUUGACGCCUGCUUCACAACUCAGCAGCUAUUUGACCUUGGAAAACUGGUGGGGUGUAGGGGGUCAUAUUCAUGUCCUCCAGGAAUACCACAAGGACUCAAUGAUGUAAGGAAAUUCCCAGCUCUGUUUGGCAUGUGGUUGGUGGUACAUAUCAGUGCUCUUCUGUUCCAUUUCCUUGGGGCCAAGAAGAUAGAUCCGGGUGGGUCUUCUUCCCAGCAGUGGGAACAACUUACUCAAGUCUUCUGUGUCUGCAGCCCAUUGUGCUCAAUCUCCAGAUAUGAUGUUCAUGGUCUAGGUCACACUCCCUGGCAGUCCCCAGGGCUAGAGAAGCUGCUCUGGCCUCAGGCGCAGGCCCGUGCUGCCAAGUCGCCCCUGGGCAUCUCUCCCUGCAGCCCAGCUGGCUUUGAUCAGGCCCUCCCUGAGCCACAUUUCCCUGUCUUCAUUUGUCCUUGUUUAUGCUUCCUUGCAAACAAAUGUCAUGUCUUUCCCACGAGCCUCCUUCUGGCCUGUUUGGUUUUAACCCAGUUUCCUCUACUCAGAGAGCCACAUGCUGCUCUCAACCCCAGAGACUGGUGCCCAUUCAGGGUCUUUGGGGUAAAGGACCUGCCUGAGGGCUGGUGUAUUUUCCUGGGGAUGAAGUGGCCACGAAGCAUGUAGGUUUGCAGUAUCUUGCUUGUGGGACUAUAUGCCCCCCACCUCAGUUCCAUUAGCAUUCAAAUACAAUUAGAAACAAUUCGUUGCUUAUUUUCUUACAUGUAUUAAAUAAAAGUUACAGGAAUCAUUGUUUGAGACUGGGCUCCUGCCCUGGGCCCCAACAGAAAAAGACUGAAAAUCAAAAUGGAAUCAUUGAUGUUAAAGUUCCAUGUCUAGGAAAUUAGAAGCAGAGGUAAUAAUUAAAGUUCCCAAACAGGGUGAUUUCAAUUGGCACGAUAAUGAAGUUUUUGGGUUUUUUUUUCUGCCUUAAUCCUUAAACAAAAAUGUAAGCUGAUGUUAACCAAUUGGUUAUUUCUCUCUUGUUCUGUCUGCCUGACCCUGUUUUACUGGGAAAAUACCUUGAAAAUGUUAUUUAAUUUUGAAAAUAUAUGUUAAUGACAUACAUUUUACUUUUUUUUCUGCUUUUUUCAGCCCUUUUCUGUCCCUAAAACCAAACUCUUCUUCUCAGCCCAUUUAAAUACUUAUUCUAUUUUAUAGAAUGAAUUGUUGCUUGAUUGUAGAAUAAAAAAUAAAGCCAAUUAAAAAUUUAAACUAAACUGAAGCUGGGGAUGUGGCUCAAGUGGUAGAGCGCUCACCUAGCAUGCGUGAGGCACUGGGUUCGAUUCUCAGCACCACUAAAAAUAAAAUAAAGACAUUGUGUCCACCUAAAAAAAAAUUAAAAAAAAUUAAACUAAACUAUUGUAAUUUUGUCCCUUGACACAUGAUUAUUAUAGAAAAAUUAGAAAAUAAACUAAAGAAUGAGGAAUCCCCUUUCCAUACAGAAAUACACACCAUUAAGGUUCAGGUAUGCCUAAUCCCAGACUGAACAUGUGUGUGGAUGUAUACAUAUGUGCACAUGCACUAGGUUUCACAUAACUGGGAUUAUAUAGUAUAUUUUUCACUCAUGACGUUGUGAACAUAUUUUCCAUUUCUUUAUUAACUAUGUGGAAUUCCAUUGUUUCCAUUUUUCUUUCACCUAUUAAACCCAGGAAUUCUUCAACCCUACCAACCCUAGCAGACACACAAGCCCCAGAACCACUCACCCGGAGCAACUUUUUUUUUUUCCUUAACUGGAAGUUGAACCCAGGAGUGCUUCACCACUGAGCUACGUCUUCAGCCCUUCUUCUUCUUUUUUUUUUUUUUUUAUUUUGAGGCGGGUUAUUGCUAAGCUGCUAAAGGUUUUGUUAAAUUGGUGAAACUGGCCUUGAACUUGUGAUCUUCCUGCUCCCAUCUCCUGAGUUGCUCGGAUAAUAGGCAUAUACCACUGCAUGUGGCAGAAGUGGAUUUUUUUUUUAGUAUUUUAUUAAUUUUGUCUUUAAUAACAUUUAUUUUAUGUGACUUAUAUGAUUUUAUAGUUUAUAUGACUUUGAUUUUGAUAAUGGCUAUGUUUAACAACUAGCUUGCAAAGUUCUUGAGAGAUUUAACCACUGGUUCUCACUAGCUUACGAGCACUAGCUGGUCCCUGCACACCACUAGAUGUCCUUUUUGGCUGUGAACACCUUACAAAUGCCAAGUACUUUUUCCCUUCUUAUGGAGGAAUGGUUUGAGCUGGGACACUAACUUUCAUUUUUAAUAUUUGACCAAGGGCUAUACCUUAGCCAUCUGAGUUAUUUUGGCAGUUGUAUUUUAAAGUAGUCCAUAUUAGACUUUCAAGGACUGAGCCUGGGGGUCCUGCUACGCCCUCUGAUGCUCAGGCCACAGAGCUUCCUGCACACAUUUCAGUCUGGACAGAGGGCGAUGUGGAGAGAGCAGCUUUGUUUCUGGACUCUCAUCCUGAGGACUUGAGAGAUCAGUUUCCAAUUGCUGUUAUUCUUGCCUCUUAAUUAUUCUAGUUUGGCUUUUCUGUGAUCUCUUUAAUUUUGUUGUGGGUUAGGUGGUGCAGCCUGCAUUGACUGCUCCUUAUCGAUUACUGAUGUUUGUUUCUCCACUGUGGUUCAAGUACGAGCCAUUUACAUCUAUUGUGCUAAGGCAGGCAGAUAGUAUAAAAAUCAUCUUCUAGAUGGGUCAGUGAUAUUUCACUGUAAUGUCCCAUAAUCUGUGAAAUUGUGCUACAUAGUCAAUUAAGUGUUAUAGCUAAUAAAGGAACAAUACAUUUGCUGAGUUAUUUUCAGGUUUAUUGUAAAUAAUUUUAAAACUAGAAAUUGAACGUUGAGUAAUAGGCAGACGCCUACUGUCUUGUCUUGUACAUAAUAGAAGAUUCCUAUACGCUGGCCUCCCAUCUCUACCAUCUUUGUUGAAUUUCAGACAGCCAGGGUGAACUGGGAUUGACUUCUGAGAAGAGUUCUUGCUAUGGGUUGUAUAUGACCUGAAAGGCCCACAUGCCAGAAGUUUGGUGCCACAAAGUAUCGGUGUUUAAAGGUGGUGGCUCUAUAUAAGGUGGCGCCUAGUAGAAAGUGAUCAGGUCAUGGGAACAUCACCCUAGGAAAUCACUGUAGUUCUCAAAGGACUGGUUUUGUACUCUCAAGAGGGCUAAUUGUUACAAAGUGAGACCACCGGGCUGGGGUUGUGGCUCGGAAGUAGGGAGCUCACCUAGAAUGCAUGAGACUCUGGGUUCGAUCCUCAGCACCACAUAAAAAUAAAAUGGGGGUAUUGAGUCCACCUACUACUAAAAAAAAAAAAAGUGAGGCCACCAUUCCCUGUGCUUGGACUCUUCUGCAGGGAGCUGUUUCCCUUUCCACUUCUCCACCAUGAUGUGAUACAGCCAGCAGGUCCUCACCAUAUGGCAGCACCAUAAUGUUUGGAUUUUCCGGUCACCAGAAUCAUGAGCCAAAUAGACCUAUUUUCUUUAUAGAAAACCUAACCUUGGGUAUUUUGCUAUAGCAAUAAAAAGCAGACUAAUACAGCUGUCUUUUUCUUAUAAAGUGAAUCAAAGUUGACUUUCUCCUUCCCACCAACAUUGUCAGGGUUCUUCUCUCCUCCCCGUGAUGCUGGCUGCUUCAGGUGACAUAGGUAGAAGAGGUGGAAGGCAUGCUGCUUUGGUCCUUUCUGCUCACUCCCUGUUGCACUAUGAAUGUUCAAGAGCCCAGUUCUGCCCCCACUGAAACCAUUUCUCUUUCCCUUGAGGUCCUCCUGUGAAUAUGCUGAGUGACUGGAGCAAUGAAGGGACAUUAGGACCAGACCUCCCUACUAGAGGCAAAGCUCAGGCCUGGGGCAUGUAUGUGGUGAAGCUAGAAGCUGGUGUCUCAGUCAAUGUCUAUGCAAUCUCACUGCACUGGAGGGGACACAGUGGGCAGCUGACAGGUAUGGCUUGAAUGGACUGAUUCAUGUUCUGGUCCCUAUGCUUUGGCCUCAGAUUCUUUUCUUGGGAACUCUCUUGUGGGAAUUUCAUGUAGCCUGAUCCACCCUUCCCAGAAGUCCCUCACCCCAUCCCUAUUAAUUACUAGAGAGUCUGGGAUCCGCUCAAGGUUUUGGGUAGUGUGCUGGGGAAGGAACAGAGUUGCUGCCCUCCCUUGGGACAACUCUUCCAUCCAUUAAGCAACCGCAUCAUCUCUGAAGGAUGGCGUGGGAAGAAGCCAAUCUUAAGGCAGUUUCUGAAAUAACUAUUCUAAUAGUGAGGAUAAAAAAUAAAUCAUUCCAGUUCUGCUCAGGGAUAACCUGUGAAUGCACAUGCUAUUUUCUAGCAACUAACACCCAUAUGCCUUGUAUGUGAGCUGAAGUCUGCACCAGGGUAUGCACAGCAUACUUAGAAAUUGAGGUAACUCACUGUUGGCCUUUGGGGUCCUCGGUUCUCAUCCCCCAAGUCAGAGCCCUGGGCCAUGCAGCUGGGAGGCUCAUGCAGUAAGACUUAGCAACUGCAGCCUGAGAGCUGUUUCCAGGUGGCCCCUGGCCAGAUCAUUUUGGACAUAGAGAAAGGAAAGGCCCAGCCCUUUCCCUGGAGCUUCCUGUGUGGCUCUCUAAGAACAUGCGAAGGGUGUGGUUAGCUGCUGGGAUGCUGGAGCUCUGGUCAUGUGUGUGUCCAGUGGGAUGUCCUGGCUUGGAUCACCCUUACAAGAAAGCAUGUGUUAGACGCAGAUUCUUCUGCCUUUAGCAACCUCCUUAAAUAUUACAGUCCCACUGAGCCAGAGCUGAGCAGGAGAGAGGAGGUCUCUGGACCCCAGGGUGGGGACAUAGAUGUUCCUGAGGGCUCAGAUCCAGGGACUUUCUCUUCCCUGAUCUCUGAUGACUGAGAAAUCCUAGGCUUUUUGUGUGGGUGCCUGGAAAUGAAGGUCAAAACCCCAAGACAGUGACAAACAGACCGUGCAAAAGGAAUAGCCUGUUAUUAAGUUUGAAGGAAAAUAAAAGCAGAGCUUCCUUCCCCAUUUGCUUGCAGGACCUGAGAAGGAGUUCUUCCCAUUACAUUUCUUAUACGGGGUACUGACUCACUUCUUUUUAAAUAGUUACGAGAAACAACAGAAAAUGAACUCAAAAGAUAAUACUUCCCCAUUUCAAUCCUCAACUUGUCUGAUGGCUUCUGGCAUUUUCUCUGCAGAAUGAACACAAGGAUGAGGUCAUCCUUAAUUCCUCCACUGCCAACGCCCCCCUCCCCCCAUCUCCUCCUGCCUACACCUGGCCCCACAGCAUCUGGGGCAGCUGCCGACUUCCCUCUCUCCCCUGGGUACUAAGUCUGAUUCCAGCAGUACUUUGGGGAGGGCAGCAGGGUAGUCAUCCCCACUCAAGGAGUCCUACUUUUAGUGUGAAGAGAAGAACCUCCACCACUUGAAACAGUCACACAGGGCGCAGCCAUAGAAAUGCCUCAAGCACCGACCCAUGCGUCCUGCCUGCGAUCUCAGUCUCCGUGGCCAGGAGAACAGGCUAUUUCUGGACUCUCCCUGGUGUUGGGAUGAAUGGUCUGAUGCUGCCGGUAGCCUGGGUGAUGGCACAAACCCAUCUCCAAUGUUAGAAGCAAAGGAAAGCGAGUGAGAUGCGGCGUCUCUGCUUCCUGAAGUGGCUGUGGCUGGUUUGUUUCCUGUUAGCUGCCUUCCUCUCAGAAAAAUAGAGGCUGGGAAGAGCAGGAUUUGAAAGAAAAGACUGGAAAAGAUUCCAGGCCUUCUGGAUGAAGUUUAGGGCUCACAUGCGAUGUGUGCAAGGAGUUGGCCUGGAGUCGACAGCGCUCCAAGAAAGUGCUGCGUUGGUCCUUUUGGGGUUUUGCACACCACCCCUGUUGGCUACGGCAGUGAAGCAAGGAGAUUCCUGGCAAGACCAGAGAACCAGCUGGAAAACUGCAGGCGCUGGGAUGGGGGGUAGGGGGUGGGGGUGCGCGGGAACCCUAUAUGGGUGGUCUCAGCUGAGUAGCAUGGAGCAAACAGAGGGGCUGGGAUAGAGGCCUUUUCCAUGAGCAGAGGCAGCCCAGAGGCCACAUGAGGGUGAAGGAUGACUGCACGCCACUAGAGGGGCUUCACUCUCAGCUGUAUCCUGGGGAGCAGCGUAGGGGGCAGCUUUGAGAGCAGCUUGGCAAAGCAGCCCUGCCUUCAGGGCUUGAGAUGGAAGACCGCACCCCCCCCCCCCGACCCCGCCAUCCUCAACCACACACCUGCACCUCACCUAACCCCUCUGGACCACCCAACUCCCUAUCUACAAGGAGGAUUAACAGUGCCCACCUGGUGGGGACACUGAGAGGAUCAGAAAGAUCACAUGUAGAUUCUAGGGGAAAAUUCACUGAAUCAAGGGACUUGGGCAAAUGGUGCGGAGACCAGAAAAUAUAAGGCUAAAGACAAAGACAACCAUUUGUAAACCUUGUUGUCUGUUUGGUAAAGUAGUUUCAUAUAGGGUCAGGCUUAGUACUGCUGAAGUAGAUGGACAUGCACACCAGACUAAACAGAAAGGUGGUGAUGGGAGCCAUCGUCCAAGUUGUCCGCAGUGCUCACUGGCCGUUAAGUUUCCCUGACCGGACAAGGGAGGCACACAGAACACAGAGACUAGUCAAUGAGCUGUCCUACUAGGGCAUAUUUAAGUAUUAUAGUAACAAUCAACAGCCAUUCAAUUAUUUUGGCUGCAAAGCAAAUUAUCCCAAAAUCUAGUGCCUAAAAAACACCUUUUACUAUGCUCAGUUUCUGUGGAUGGGAGAAUUCAGGCAGGGCACAGAGGUGGUGGCUUGUCUUUACCCUGUGAUGUCCAGGGCCCUAGAUGAAAUGCGAAAGCUUGGAGGCAGAAUCAUCUGGAGUCACUUUCACUUAUACAUCUGGUGGCUAACUGAAACCUGUUGCUUAGAACACCUUCCUGUGGCCUCUUCAUGUAAUAUGAGCUUCCUCACAACAUGGUGGAUGAGUCCAAAAGAGAGUGGAAGCCAUAUCAUCUUUUAUGAGCUUCCACCAACAGUCACAAAGCAUCACUCCUCUGGAUUCUAUUGGAUGAAGCAGUUACAAAAUCCACUCAGGUUCAGAACAAGGGAUCCUGUCAUGUGUAAGGAGAGCAUGUAGGAUAGAAUAUACAUUGGCGUGCAAUCUUUGGGAAAUCAGACUCCCAGAGCUUCAUCUUAUCUUUCUCCUCUUCUGAGGUCAAUGCUGUUUCCUCAGGUGUGGUUAUUUUCAGAUGUUCUAUGUGCCUUUGCAUAAUGGACACUAUAGAAUUUGAUUUGGGGCUUUUGUGAAGAAGAAUGUCAUGUUUAAUUUUUACAUACAUAGGACCAUCUCUACAUUCUCUUGCAUCUUGAAUUUUCAUGUGAAAGGAAUUUAUCAGUACUUCUUUUUAAAAUUAUAGAGCAGUAUUCCAUAAUUUGAUUAUGUUGUAAUUUAUUUAACCAUUUCUCUAUUUUGAUGAAUCUUUGAAAUGUUUCCUAUUUUUCUAUUAUUAAAUGUUGCUGCAGUAAAUAAUUCCCUAGGUGCCAUUUUAUGUAUGUAGCCCCAAAGUGACUGUUUAUCAGGAAAAGGGUGAUAGAUAAGUGUUUGAUGAAAGAAUAUGCCCACUUGUAAUUGUAAAGGGUAUCACCACAUUUCCUCUGAGAAGGAAAAUUACAUUGUUAACAAUACAGUAUAAGAAAAUUCAUUUUCUUGAAUCCUCACCAGAACUUGGUGUUGUCAAUCAUGUUAACUCUUGCCUAUGUUAUAGGUGGAAACUGAUGUACUGUAUAUCAUGGUUUUUAGAGUUGUAGUUCCCUUAUUAAAAUUGGAUUGAACAUCUUCUCAUACAUUCACCAGCCAUCUGCAUUUCUUCUCAUGGGAAUUCCCUGUUCAUUUCCUUUACUUGUUUUUCUGUUUAGUCUCACUAAGAGAGAGAAAUACAAAUUGAAACAGUAAGGUAUUUUUAAAACAAUGAAGUUAAGGAAAAUGACCAAGACCCAUAAUGCUUGUGAAGAUUAUCAUUUUAAGUGGAGAAAAUCAACCCUAUAAUUAUAAAUGUUAAUUUGUAUUUUCUUUCUACAUAUUUUUAAUUAAAACACAACAUCUGAACCAUAUGAAACCAUUCUAGUUGUUUCACACCAAAGUUAAUUUUUCAUAAUAGUAAAUACAAUCUUGUGUAUCAUUUAAUUGGCUGAGCCUUCUUUUCCUCCAUACAUUUGUUAUUGACAUUAUCCCUUAAAAAUUUUAACCUCCCCCAGAUAGGUAUGGUGGCACAUGUCUGAAUCCCAAUGAUUCUGGAGGUUGAGGCAGGAGGAUCUCAAGACCAGCCUCAGCAACUUAGUGAGAUCUUGUCCCCCAAAAUAAAAAGGAAUGGGGAUGAAGCUCAGUGGUAACAUGUCCCUGGUCUCAACCUCCAGUGCAUACUCCCCACCAAGAAAGGGAUGGGGGAUGUUGCUCAGGGAUUCAAACCCAAGUACAAAAAGAGAGAGAGAGAGAGAGAGAGAGAGAGAGAGAGAGAGAGAAAGAAAUUCUAACUUAAAAUAUUUAUUUCUCAAUUAACUGUCAUAUUGUUGAUCUUAUUUUUGUGUGUGUGCUGUUACACCCUUGUUUUUGUAAGGCAGUUAUCUGUAUUUAUUUGGCUAGAAAAAAUACUUUUAGAGUGCAGUGGUGCAUGCCUGUAAUCCCUGCAACUGCUGAGGCAGGAGGAUCCCAGGUUCAAAGCCAGCCUCAGCAAUUUAGCAAUGCCCUAAGCAACUUAGGGAGACUGUCUCAAAAUAAAACACUAAAGAGUACUGAAAAUAUGGCUCAGUGGUUAAGCACCCCUGGGUACCAGAAAGAAAAAAAAAUGUCUCUUUGUUGUUGCAGGUGUGACUUUUCAUCAUUCAUUGGAGCUCCCUAUUUUCCUCCAUGCAGGGACCUCACCCUCUGAGCAAGAGAAGGAGGCAGGAAAAUGCUGGCUGUGUGGAUGGUGUUGGUAUUGCUUCUGGAAUAUUAGGAUUAUUUUCAAUCCAUCACCUUUUAGGAAAUUCUAAAUAGAAUUGAUGGGACUGAGCAGGAGUUGGGAAAGAAUUAGCUGCAGAGUAAAAUGGUGCUGAGUGCGCUAGAGGAAGUAUAUUCAAAUGUGAGGACAUCCUGGAGCUAAGAGACAAGGCAUGCUGGAUUUGUGCCAGGCUGACUGUGGCCAAAGCAUGGUUUGUGCAAGUGCAGGAGAGGCGAGUCUCAGAGUCCUCCUGGGAGAGAACCAGCAUGCCUUGGAGCUGCAGAGAUCUGAGGUGCAGAGAGAGCAGCCAGCUCCAUGAGGCACGGGAUGCCCUUGUCAACCUGAUGUGUUGGUUGCUUAUUCAUCCAUUAACUUGACAAUUAUUUCCAGAGUGUUUGGUAAUAUGUUAAACAUUGCUCUAGAUACUAGGAAUAUAAUGGGGGAAAGAAAGGACAUCUCUACCUUCUUGGAGCUAGCUUUUAAGGAGGAAGAGACAGAUACAGGGGAGAACAGUCACCCAUUGAUGGGACCACCCUCAGCGUGACCAGCCUUGAGUCCACAGAAGAGAAUAUGGAAUUGUGCCAUCCAGGAAACAUAAAGAAUGAGGAAACAUCUCCAGAGUCAGGACCUGCCCUUCCCCAUGAGAAGGACGCCCUCUUCACAGCCCGGGCUCGGGGGAUGCUGGGCUGGAGCAGCUCUCCAUCAUCCCAGUCCUCAGAUUACCAGUCCUACUCCCAAUACCGGUCUUGCUUCUCCUGUAUGUGCAACGACCAGGACGCCACCCCGCAGAGCUUGUGCGCCCUCUACACCCGAGUGCAGACAGUACGUGGAGUGGCAGUGGCCUGGGAGACAGAAACUGGCUUCCAGCCAGUCAGCAGGAAGCCCCGCAUCCGUGAAGCCGAGUUCAUCAAGAGACAGAGGCAGAAAGGCUCUUCCUUUGAGAUGGCUUCCAACACUGACCUGCACUGGGAGUUGGAAGCCAGCAAAAACAACUGCUGUCCAGAGACCGACGAUGCAGAGCUGCUGGAGCCACUGGAGUGCUGCCUCCAGGACCUGCGGACCCACCCAGACUGGCUGGUCACCACCAACUAUGGGCUCCGCUGCUUGGCCUGCUGCCGGGUCUUCCCCUCACUGGAGGCAUUGCUGGAGCAUGCCCAACAUGGCAUCCGAGAAGGCUUCAGCUGCCAGAUCUUUUUUGAGGAGAUGCUGGAGAGGAGGAAGACCCAGGGCCAAGGGCAGGACCAACCGCUGGAGGAAGAGGAACAAAGCCUUUCUAACAGUAGUGAAUGUUCCAGGUCCCAGAGCAAGGUGCUUCUUUCACAGCAGGAGGAGGGGGAGGAGGAGAAGCAGCAGCAGCAGCAGCAGCAGCAGUGAGCUGGAGAUAGUCUGGCCUGACCUUGAACCUCUAGACUGAAGUGAUCCUCCUGCCUCAGCCUCCCAAGUAGCUCGGACUAUACACAUGUGCCAUCAUGCCUUAUCAAAGACAAUUUUUUAUUUCUAAGUUUUGUUUUGAAAAAAAUUAAAACUUAAAAGUUGUGAGAAUAGUA